AUGACCAAAGCUCUCAUGGUCAAAGGCUGGCGGUCAGACUCGCCAUGGGGCUUCCCCAAAGGCAAAAUCAACAAAGACGAACCCGACGAAUUGUGCGCCAUUCGCGAGGUCUAUGAAGAAAUCGGCUACGAUAUCUCGCCGUUCCUAGUGUCCCCCGACUACGUCGAGGUCACCAUCCAACAGAAGAGCAUCCGUCUCUACAUCGUACGUGGCAUCCCGGGCAAUACUCAUUUCAUGCCCCGAACUCGUAAGGAAAUCAGUGUAAGUUUUCACGGGGGGAGGGGUCUACCUCCGGCGGCUGGGGCUCCGCCCCAGACCCUGGUUGUUCCUGCUUCGCAGGAGUUGGCGCAGACCGCAGACGGAAACGACUCGAGCGAAGCGAGAGGAGCCACGGGGUCUGGGGCAGAGCCCCAGCCGCCGGAGGCAGAGGGGAAUUGGGUAUUAACAAGGCAUACAGAAAAUUGA